AUGGUAAGAAACGUUCACAUGGUUGGUAUAAAACCGGCGACUGCGGAAUCGUCAGCAGUUUCUGAAAAUAAUGUUCCGGUGUUUUCGGAGUCUCUUGAUAGAACAGAAGAAGCUCUUGAAACAUUUCAACUUGUGAAGCAUAAUGAAUACAUUGAUCGACUUAAAGGUGUAUAUUCUGCGGCUAAUGAGGUGAUGACAUGUGAUUGUACUGAGAGAAGAGUGGCGGGUGUCAAUGUUGCUUGUGGUGCAGACUCUGAUUGUAUUAAUAGACUGACCAACGUUGAAUGUGUUGACGGUGAAUGUUCGUGUGGUGCUCGUUGUCAGAACCAAAGAUUUCAAAGAAAUCAGAUGGCAGAUAUAUCCAUCUUUCUAACUGAGCACAAAGGGUAUGGUAUGCGUGCAAAUUGUGAUAUUCCUGCAAAUACCUUCAUCAUUGAGUACAAAGGAGAGGUGAUCGACGAACAAGCCUAUAAAAUCAGAAAAGAGGCGUAUGCAAAAGAGGGAAUUAAGCAUUUCUAUUUUAUGAUGAUUCAGGAUGGUCAAAUCAUCGAUGCCACGAAAAAAGGUAGUCUGGGAAGAUUUUGUAACCAUUCUUGUGAUCCCAACGCGUAUGUUGAAAAGUGGGUCGUGAACAAAAGAUAUCGCAUGGGAAUAUUCGCCAAAAGAAAAAUACCCAAAGGUGAAGAAAUAACCUUUGAUUAUAACGUGGAUAGAUAUGGUGCCGAACCCCAGAAGUGUUACUGUGGGGCUAAGAACUGUGUUGGUUAUCUGGGUGGUAAAACGCAAACAGAAGUUCUACGACUGUUAACAUAUGCUGCACGUGAUGCUCUCGGAAUAAGCGCUGCGGAUGAAAACAGAUGGAUCAAAUUUCAGAAAAAGCAAGGUAUUACUAUUUCCGAAGAGAAUGUUGCAAGUAAAGUUAAUGACUUCGUGAAUUCUCUUGAGUUGAACCCACUUGAAAUGAGUGAUGUUGCAAAAGUUUCAAGUUUUUUGUUACUUCCAAAUAAUAAUCCCACAAUAAUUGAUCGUGUUUUAGAAAGAUUCGAUCCUAACGAUCCUGGAUAUUCCGAAUUGCUUCACAGAUUCAACAGAUUUCAUGGUCUAAGAGCACUUACCUCGUGUAUUCAGACAAUUCUGGAUGGUAAUCAUGUUAAGCAUGAAAUGAACGCCAGAGAAAAAGACGUACUUAAGAAAGUAAUAACAAUAUUAUCUAAUUGGCCGAAACUUGCAUCCAAAAAUACCGUGAAAAGUUGUGAUUUAGAAUCUCUUCUACGUAUUAUGUCUCAAGAAUUAGAUGAUAACAAAAUUAACAUUUUAGUGGAUGAUAUUUUGGAUGGUUGGAAAGAUCUUCGAGUUGUGUAUCGCAUCCCAAAGCGCACAACGUCAAUGAACGGUGAUGCAACAUUUUUGGCACAGUUAGAUUAUAGAAGAUCAAGGUCUACACAACCAUUGCCAGCAAAUACUUCAACCCCUCCUCAUAAUGAACCCAAGGAGAUCAUUCCUCAUUCACAAAAGCCAUGGGCUGAUGUUGAUGUCGAAUCUCUUCCUGAUAGUAGAAAGAUUGAUGGUAUUCCUUUACCUCCUGGUUGGAAUUGGACAACAGAUGCGAAAACCGGUGCAAGAUAUUAUUAUAACAGACGGGAGAAUAUUACUCAAUGGGAGCCCCCUUCUUGGGGAAUCGAAAAUGUUGCUAAAAAUCCCGUUAAACAGCCUCGGAAAGAAAUGAGAGAGGAGGAUAUUAACCGAGAAAAAAGAGAAAAACGAAGGACAAUGGAUGAACAGUUUGCCCUUAGAGAACUACAAAAGAAAAGGCGUCAAGAGCAGAAGAAGGCUGUUAAGGUUGAAGAACAGAAAUUAAAAAAGUUAUCCAGUAUUAUAGCUGAGGCAUCCUCGUCUUCGGAAAUCAAGAAGGCUGGCUCUAGGUCUGCCUCAAAGGUUCAUUUCCAGGAGUAUGAGAGUCAUCAUCAUAAACAUCAUUUUGAUUCUGACCGGAGCCAAGUUCGUGAUGGAGAUCUUCACAAAAAAUAUAAAAGAGAGUGGAUGCUUUUAUUUGCUUCUGUGGUUCCUAAUAUGCUGAAGAAAUAUGAGGAUCAUAUUGGAAGGGAAAACCUGAAGAACUGUGCAAGAGAGAUUACCCAUGUGUUAACUAAUAAAGAACUAGGACGACAUAAAAAUCAAGAUCCUCCUGCUAAAAUUUCAAAGGAUCGCAAGAAGAAGAUAUGGGCAUUCGUGUCAAAUUACAUGGAUAAAUUUAUUAUGAAAUUUGAUUCAAAAAAAAGGGAACAUUCUUCAUCACAUGUUGGAACUUCACAAAAGAGACAGAAAUAUAAUAUGUAUAAAUUUAGUAUAAAUUAG